AUGACGCCCCAUAAUGCAGUCGGCUGGUCAGCCUGGGAGGAGGAAAACCUCCUUCCCUGGCUCGAAUCUAAUCGAAACUUGACCUGGAAGGCCUUGUCAAUUGCCUAUUGGCAGCAGUAUCGUGUAAGACGAAGUGUUGAGUCUCUACGAGGGAAAAAGCAUCACAUCCUUCGAAAACGCCGCGACGCUAGUAGCUCAUCCAUUGCGCGUGGAUCCAAAGUACCGAAGUGUGCAGACUGCAAAUGUAAGGGUAAACCACUGAGGCGUCGAAGCAAACGACGGCUUAAUAAUCUACCCAUGCAUCAAUCAAACCGCAAUGACUCUGCAAAAUCGAAAAGACCAUUCCCUGAUCCCCCACUGAUGCCAGCAGACUAUAUUCAGCUUGGUGACAGGAGGGAAUGA